ACUAAGUACAAAGUUGAUCCUUAUCUAUUGUAUUUGUCUUCGUCACUAAUGAUCUUUGAACUUUGUCAUGUUGACUUACUGUUGAUGUAACUCUGACAUUUAUUAUUCAAGCUAAAAACUUCUUUAUAUCUAUAAAAAGAGAGAGUGUAUGAACUCAGUCUUUUUCUCUCAACUGGAAGCUAAAAGGCAGACACAGAGACCAGAUUUCCUGCAAAGAGCAAACAAGGAGACAACUUGACAGAAAGCAGAACAGAAAUGAAUAAUGUGAAAGCAGAAGUCAGUGACGAAAAAGGAAUUAAUGAAAAUAUUUUGUUUAUUGGGAACCAGCCUUUCUGGGUGUACAAGAAGAUCAUCCAAAUCUUAUAUUAUUUUGAAGAAGACAGCAUGACAGAACCCAACAAAGAAAUGGAAAUUUCAUCUGGACUGAAUUUCACCAGUCAGGGCAAACUCCAAAUGCAGAAUGAGAAUGAGAAAGCAGAAGACAAUGAGCACAAAGGAAUGAUUGCAAAUAUUUUUGCUCUCUCGAGUCUGCCAAUCCAGCUAUGCAAGAAAACAAUCCAACUCCUAAAUCCUUUUGAUAAUGAGAAAGCAGAAGUCAGUGAAGAAAAAGGAAUUGUUGCAAAUAUGUUGGUUUUUCGGCAUUGGCACAGCCAUGUGUACAAGAAGAUCUUCCGAACCCAAGAUUCUUUUGAUAAUGAGAAAGCAGAAGUCAGUGAAGAAAAAGGAAUUGUUGCAAAAAUUUUGGCUUUUCGGCAUUGGCACAGCUGUCUGUACAGGAAGAUCUUCCAAACCCAAAAUUAUAUUGAUGCUUUGAGGGCAUGGAUGGAUGGACUGCUUCUGUGGAUUCCUAGAGGUGAUGUCCAGGAGAAAAUACAAGAGCUUCAAAGACAGAUUGACCAACUCCAGAAAGAACUUGAGUGGAGAAAGGCUCGCAAUAACACAGAUGACAUCAUUCUUGAUACAAACACAGCCCACCCCAACCUCUAUAUUGCUGAGGAUAGGAAGAGUUUUUCUUAUGAAACCAAACCACAACAAGUUCCACCAAAUUCAGAGAAGUUCGAUUCAGCUGUCUGUGUGCUGGGCACUGAAGGAUUCACCCAUGGAAAGCACUACUGGGAGGUGGAUGUCGGGAACAUCAGUGACUGGGACCUCGGUGUGGCCAGAAAAUCCAUAAAGAGAAAAGGGAAAAUUUCUUUGUCCCCUAAAGAGGGAUUCUGGGUUCUGAGUGUCAGUGGGAGAGAUUAUUGGGCAAAAACAGAUCCAUGGUGCCGGGUCACGGUGCAGAAAAAGCCCAAGAAAAUUGGAGUUUACCUUAGUUACAAUGGCAAGCAGGUGACCUUUUUCAAUGUAACUGACAUGUCUGUGUUGUUCACAUUUAAUGAUUGUUCAUUCUCAGAAGAGGUUUGUCCUUUCUUUAAAAAUUCUCACAAAGAAACAACAAUGAGAAUUGCUUCAAUUAAAGAAGAGGAAUUAAUUUAAAA